AGAAUGCAAAAGACUUCCUGCCGCUCUGGCACAUGGCCUGGGUUACUCACAUUGGUCCUGCUGUUAUUUCUGGGAAGAUUUAUGGCGUGAGUGGUCUUCCCUUGCCUCUGUCCCCACCAUGCCCAGCAGCAGGAGGAGCUGCAAGGAAAGCGGUGACCACGACCGCGGAGCCCGAUGUGCACGGCAGGCGGGAAGGCCAGGCCGGCGGCCUCGGGGAGGAAGGCGUGCGCGCGGAGCCGGGGGACACGGAGGCGCGCGUGGGUCUGAACCGCGCUGCCCUGUGCCCGUGGGCUCCCGGCCCCCAGACCAUGACCACGGCCCAGAACGGCCACAGGCGCGGAACUGCGGUCCCCGGUCCCAUCUCUGAUCCCAAAGACCCCGGCAUGGUGACCUACCCGGCGUGUCGCCACGGCGGCUGCGGCGGCGCGGGCGCCCGGGAGGCGCGGCUCAGCCCGGCCCGCCUCCUGCGCCUCUUCUCCGCCGGCGCGAAUAGGGCGCGCGCCGACCCCGAGCGGCCCCGGCCCGCCGGCCUCGUGGGCAGCUCCUCCACGUGGAACGCCCUGGCCUCCUUCCGGAAAAUGGGGUCUUUCAAAAAACUGAAGACCUCGGUCCUCCAGGGAAUUCAGAACCGGGAGGGAUGGGACGCCGCCAAAGAGGGGGCCGAGGAACGCGACCUGGGCAAGGCGGUCCCCAACGGCGCGGCGGCCGGAGCCCCCGCGGGCAGGUGCCCCCCGGGGCCGGGCUUCGCGUCCGACGGCUCGGACCCCGAGGAGCCCGACGACGGCUUCGCGCGCGGCGCCCUCCGGUCCCGCAGCAUCCGCCGCGCCUACGGCCUGGGGCGCAUUCGCCUCCUGGACCCGGAGCCGCCCGCCCCGGAGCCCGCGGCGCGCGAGGCCCCGGCGCGGGAGCCCGAGAGGAACGGCGUCUGCCGGCGGAGCAAGAGUACGGACAGCCUGACCUUCCUCAAGAAGAGCUCCUUCCGGCGGAAGUCGGCCUCGCACCUGGCCGAGCUGCGGCGCGCGCCCGAGAGCCGGGGCCCGCGGAGGACGCUGAGCGGCUCGUCCGCCGACUCCGACAGCUCCGGCGGGGCCCCCGCGGGGCCCAGGCGCUGCAGGAGCCCGCUGCGGGCCCCAGACCUGGCCCGCGUGCUGCGGCUCGUGGGCGGCGGCGCGGCCGGCCGGCCGGGGGACCCCGGGGGCGCCCCGCCCGGGCCGCGGCCGCACAGCCGGCUGCACGACGACUACUCCCGCCGCGCGGUCGCCGGCCCCGAGCGCGGGCGGAGGGGCGCGGAGCCCCCGGACCCCGGCCUGGCGGGUGCUGGGGGCUCGGCCGGGGACGCAGCUGCCGGAGGUGCCGUUCCCCGCGCCUCCGGCUCUUCCUCCGGGCCCCCGGCCCGGGAGGUGUCGGACAGAGGCUCCAAGGAACCGGGCCCUGGCGACCGGUCUCCCGUGGAGCCCGAGCCUCCUCUCGGUCCUGCGAGGCCCACCACGCCCAAGCCCCCCAGUCCUCGGAGCCCCGACGCAGCACCUGCCAAGUGCCCCAACAGUGUCAGCGCGCUGUCCCUGAGUUCAGUGGACAGCGAGGAAAGGGCAGAGCGGCCCGUCCAGAGGGAGCAAGGUCCCGGGUCCUUACAGGAUGCGCUGCAAACCGCCUGUGACCUGGGCAGUGAGAACAGCGGCGCCGGCAGCCACCCGCAGCAGAGCCUCGGAGGGGCGAACUGUCCAGAAGAAAGGACGGACGAGGUUGUGACCGAGGGGUCCUGGAGGCGGACCUCCGCACCAGAGGAAGAGAGGCCGGAGGCUCAGAGGGUCCCCAGGAGGAGAUGCGCACCCGGGAGGAGGCCAAGGCCCCGACCAAUCUCUGACUACGGCCAGCCGGUCAGCCUAAGUCUGUCCAUCCCUGAAGACUCGAUCGCCGUAGACCCCCAGAAAGAGGACACUGAGGACGGUGACCACCAGCCCAGUGGGGCCCCCAUCGACCCUGCAGACCAGACCCCUGCUGGGGGCUGCCCCCGGGGGGCACCGAGAAGACGCCCCAUCUCCGUGAUCGGCGGGGUCGGCUUCUAUGGGAGCAGCCAGGCGGAGGAGGGGGAGGCCAUUCUGCCCCAACCGGCUGCCCGGCCGCCCGUGCCCGCGCACCAGGUGCCGCCCUACCGCGCGGUGUCGGCCCGGCUGCGGCCGUGCGCCUUCUCCCAGAGCACCCCCAUCGGGCUGGACCGCGUGGGACGCCGGCGGCUCAUGAGAGCAUCCAACCUUUCUUCUGAUGGCGGUGCGGAGUCGUCUGCCCUAGCGGAUGACAAUGGCAGCGAGGAGGACUACAGCUAUGAAGACCUCUGUCGGGCCAACCCCCGGUACCUGCAGCCGGGCGGGGAGCAGCUGGCCAUCAACGAGCUGAUCAGCGAUGGCAGCGUGGUCUGCGCCGAGGCCCUGUGGGACCACGUGACCAUGGACGAGCAGGAGCUGGGCUUCAAGGCCGGGGACGUCAUCCAGGUCCUGGAAGCCUCCCACAAGGACUGGUGGUGGGGCCGCAGCGCGGACAGGGAGGCCUGGUUCCCUGCCAGCUUCGUCCGACUGCGGGUCAAUCAGGAGGAGCUGUCGGAGGGCGCCAGCGGCAGCCCGGGCGAGGAGCCGGCGGAGGACGCGGGCCGGGGCCGCCACAAGCACCCUGAGAGCAAGCGGCAGAUGCGGACCAACGUCAUCCAGGAGAUCAUGGACACCGAGCGGGUGUACAUCAAGCACCUCCGGGACAUCUGCGAGGGCUACAUUCGACAGUGUCGCAAGCACACGGCGAUGUUCACGGUCGCACAGCUCGCCACCAUUUUUGGAAACAUUGAAGAUAUUUACAAAUUCCAAAGAAAGUUCCUGAAAGACCUUGAGAAACAGUACAAUAAAGAGGAACCUCACCUGAGUGAAAUAGGGUCCUGCUUUCUUCAACACCAAGAGGGCUUCGCCAUCUACUCCGAGUACUGCAACAACCACCCGGGCGCCUGCGCCGAGCUGGCGGGCCUGAUGAAGCAGGGCCGCUACCGACACUUCUUCGAGGCCUGCCGCCUGCUGCAGCAGAUGAUCGACAUCGCCAUUGACGGCUUCCUGCUGACGCCCGUGCAGAAGAUCUGCAAGUACCCGCUGCAGCUGGCCGAGCUGCUCAAGUACACCACUCAGGAGCACAGCGAUUACAGCAACAUAAAGGCAGCGUACGAGGCCAUGAAGAACGUCGCCUGUUUGAUCAAUGAGCGAAAACGCAAGCUGGAAAGCAUAGACAAGAUAGCACGGUGGCAGGUGUCCAUCGUGGGCUGGGAGGGCCAGGACAUCCUCGAGCGCAGCUCGGAGCUGAUCCACUCCGGGGAGCUGACCAGGGUCACCCGGCAGGGCAAGAGCCAGCAGCGGACGUUCUUCCUGUUUGACCACCAGCUGGUGGCCUGCAAGAAGGACCUGCUGCGGAGGGACGUGCUCUACUACCGCGGCCGCACAGACAUGGACGCCGUGGAACUCGUGGACCUGGAGGACGGCCGCGAUGGUGCCCGCACCCUCGGCGUCAGAAACGCCUUCAAGCUGGUCAGCAGGACGGGUGACGAGGCGCACCUGUUCUGUGCCAAGAAGCCUGAGGACAAGGCGCGGUGGCUGCAGGCCUGCAGGGACGAGCGCAGGCGGGUGCAGGAGGACCGGGCGAUGGGAAUGGAAAUUUCAGAAAAUCAGAAGAAACUCGCCAUGUUAAAUGCUCAAAAGGCAGGACACGGAAAGUCAAAAGGCUACGGCGGAGGAUGCCCCUCGGCCCCCCCGCUCCAGAGCCUGCGGCCGGUCCACCAGCGCCACGUCACCGUGCCCGCCAGCCUGCCGCAGCAGCAGGUGUUCGCGCUGGCGGAGCCCAAGAGGAAGCCGUCGCUGUUCUGGCACACCUUCAACAAGCUCACCCCCUUCAGGAAGUGACGCGGGGGGCCGGGGAGGGGGGCGCCGUGCCCCUCCUGGGCCCCGCCCAAGGAGUCUACUCCGCACGUGGCACGGGGAUCCGGUGCUGAAAACCUCCCCUGGGGACGCGGUGAGGAGACCUGACCUCGCCGGCGGUCGCAGAGGCCCAGCUGCCUUCUCGGGAGGGAGGGGGGGCAUGACGCACAGCUCCAGUGUCGCCUGGACCGCUCCCCGCCGUGAGCCCACCGAGGCGGCCGCCGCCGGGGUACCGGGGUGGGCUCUGGAGAUGCUGGGUGGGGAGCUGGGAGCAUCGCCGAGGACGAGCUGCGGUCCAGGCCCCGGGCGGGGCUCCCCGAGGAGGAUGGGCAGGGCCACUUUGCCUUCGGUCUUGAAGGGGAGGGGAGCGCCGGGGUCAGGGGGUGGCGGGCGGUGACCGCAGCCCCGUCGGGGCCCUGGGGUCCCCUGGCGUCUUCCGCAUCCACGCAGUCGCCAGAUGGUGGGCGGGCCUCUCCCGCAGGCUCCUGCGCAUGUGGUCCAAGUCCCGUGGUGCACAGAGGCCCACGCGCUCCGAAGACGCCGUUGCUUUCGGGGGGCAGGGAGCCCGGUGCUGGCUUUGUACGCUUGUCCCCGCCCGCGUGCCACUCCCCGAGCAGAAACCUGAGAAACUUCACGCACGUGCACUUCCAGUAGGAAAACCCAUUUCCUGUAGUUUGAUGACGAAGUGAACGUGCAGAUCUCCCAGUUGAAACGUGUCCUUAAAAGAGCGUCCGCGUGCCUGUUCCUCCCUCUGCCUCCGUCCUCGCCGGUCAAGUGACAGGGACACGUACCUUCUUCCAAUGAAAACUCAAGGGUCCUGCUUCCUCCACGUUUGAAGCCGACUUUGUCCCAUACCCCCGAGCAGUAGUGCCAGCCGUGCCAUGAUUAGCAUGUCGACAGGUUUCUGAAGAUCGGUUCCGUAUGGAAGAGACCUCACGAAAUAGAUCCAGACUCAGAGACAGCAGCCUUCUCUAGCGAAGGCCACGCGGCUGACGCCGGUCAGCGACAACCUCCUUGCCUUUUCUAGAUGGUAAAUUCUGAUGAAAACGGCUUUUAAACGUGCCGGGAGGAAACAGGCUCUGCCAGAGAGACACCUUUCCAUUGACCUCAUGCACCGGGCGGGGGUCCUGUUACAUGUCUUGUGGUUUUCUACUCGGAAAUCUCUUUUUGGUGUUGAAACCUCGAAAGUUCUCUUUUCUACCCAGUCCCUGCUUGAGAAUAAACACACCUGUACGGUCCUAACAGAGGGGACACCUGAGACUCCAGGUGUGGCCCCCCCCUCCUCCUCACACCCAGAGCUGUUCCCGGGGGGUGGGGGGGACCCAGGCGGUGCUGCCUCUGGGGACCUCGGGGCCCAGGUCCCGGCACGGAAGCCGCUUCUGUGAGGAAGCUUCUCGGGAGGUGCCGUGGGUCCGCGUGCUUGUGUGUGUGUGUGUGUGUGUGUGUGUGUGUGUGUGUGUGUCCUUUCUGAAUAGGCUUCUCAGUUUUCAUUGCAUUUAUAUAACUGACCUUUUUACUAACAAGAUAUAAUGAUAAAUUUUGAAGACUAUGCUUAUUAUGCUUUUCGUGGGCCGCCUCAGCAAACAUUAUCGGGCCUCUGUGCUAAACAGAGUUGUUUGUAUAUAUGGCAGUUGUGAACAGUUGGGUUGCUUUUUUUUUUUUUUAAUAGAAUUACUUUGAGGAAGUAAAGAGAAUCAGUUGCUCAUGUUAUAUUUCCAGUGAGGACUCACCUCCAGUGCAGAAGCACCCAGAGGGCCCCCAUCUCCCCCCAUCUCCCCCCCCCCGUUGUCCAGAGCACAGGGACAAAGGGCUGGACGUGCUGUCGGCAGCCCUGGUCUGUCUCUCGGCCGAGCCCUGACUCCUGGCUCCCCCCUCCUGCCCUCAAGCUUCCCAACAGAGGGGCAGGAAGCACGGACACCAGGGCACAUGGUGACGGUCCCUUGGUCAGAUGUCCAUCCUAGGUGGCUCCUGCUUGGAUUUCCAGGUGAUUUGAAAACUGCUAAAGUGCGUUUAAAAGGAUAGAGCGUCCUUUGUCCUCUUUAAAUCUGUGUGUCUCCUUGGGUUUAUUAGCAAAUGCCUGCGUUCUCUACAGAAUAGAUGGCUCGGUGUUCUGUUUUUACAUUUGCCGAACUUCCUUCUUGAUUUCUCACAUGUUCCACUUGGAGAGAAAAAGAGAAAAAACGAAAAGCCCCCUGUACAGGUUGUGUAUGAAUUUCACUGGGAAUCUCGCUUUCUCUGUCUGUCUUUUUCUCUUUUUAACACUACACUGCGUGGUAUCGAUGGACCGCCCCCCCGCCCCCCCCCAAAAGAAGAUGGCAUAACAUUUUGAUGAAUUUCACUUACUCUAUCAUGUUUCAGAGUUUGCCAACUCUGUUGAAAGACCUUUGAAAUGGCCUCAGGUCCAAAGCAGCCUUCUCGGUUUUUGAUGAUGCCUAACAUGUAUAACAACCUUGCAGUAGAUUGUAAGCAAUCGUACAACAGAAUACCUGUGAAGUCCUGGAGAAAUGGCAUUCUUUGUCUUUGGCCUGCAAACUGGGAGAAGAGUGGCAGGGAUUUGCCAGGGCUUUCCUGGGACACCUUCUGUGUCUCUUGCUCUCGGUACAUCUGAUCUCUUCCCACCCCCCUGCCGUAGACCUGAUUUUGUAGUUGAAAACAUUUCACCCCCAUCUCCACACUCCUUCUGAAUAUCGUCGUGCCUUUUUAUUCAUAAUACAAAGACUGAGCUCCAUGCCUGUUCAGAAAAUCCCCUCAAUCCUACAUUGCUGUGUCUAGACACAGAGCAAAAGUGCAUUUAAUUCAAAACCUGUUUCACAAUAGAAAUCUUUUGUAAAAGCCAUGCGCCAGCAUUUUAUCGGUUGGGAAUCUCUACAGGCCCAGACCGCUGAUUCUCCUCAAUGCAGAUCAACUUAGUUACCAAGCCAGGAUAGAAAAAACCUGACCACCCGAGUUAGGGAAGAAAUUGCGGUGUACUAUUUUGUUGAGGAGAGGAGAAACAGACGUGUCCCUCACAGUUCAGUGCCAACAAGCAUGGAUAAAUGUGGCUCACAGGCCAGGGAUGCCGGGCACACAUCGAGAAGGCCAAACUGCCCCAAAGCAGUUGUCCCCGUAAUAAGCUUAGCCUGCAAGUUGUUCUCCCUGUUAAAAUUUCACCUGGCUGACGCUGCUCUUCUCAGGAUGGAUGCAACGAAGGUGGAGUCCAAAAGAUUCUGAAAAUAAUAAGUAGAAACUGUGUGAUCUUGAAAAAAAAACCAAACCCAGGAGCAUAAAUAUCAGAUGCAAAUUUAGUAACAACAAACUUAACAUUACUGUCUUUAGUUGUUUAUUAGGUAUCUGACACUUGAAUUUAGAAAAUACUGUAACUGAUUCUGUAAUUUAACAGUUGGUCUCUUUUUGUAAAUAUUAGCAUCCACGGUGUUUGACUUACCUACUUCGCAAGGCUUUUGGUGACCUGUUCCUUCAAUUCUAACUCACCAGCAUCAAGGUGAUGUUAUCUGUAUAGGUCAAGUGACAGCUUCCAGACGAAGUGGCUGUUGACAGCUGAAUUGUGUUGUACAAGAUCGCUGUAACUUGAUAUGUAUUUUCUCUGAAGUUUUUGUAAAAAAAAAAAAUUUACAAUGUUAUUUGAAUGAUUUCUUGUAAAUGCUGUGAAUCUGUAUUUGUUGUUUUGUAUCUGUAUAUUAAAGUUAA